GCAGGGCCAGAUGACACCGGUGUUGUAUUAUUUGCCUCCCUCGCCACCGUGCCGCUCGGUUCUACUCCUGACCCGGAUGAUAGGCGUCGAAUUGGACAAAAAGGAGCUGAACGUUCUAGAAGGAGACCAAUUAAAACCGGACUUUGUGGAAUUGAACCCACAGCAUACGAUUCCGACCUUGGACGACCACGGGCUGGUGCUAUGGGAAAGCCGUGUCAUCCUGUCCUACUUGGUCUCGGCGUACGGCAAGGACGAGAACCUCUAUCCGAAAGAUUUCCGCUCGCGUGCCGUGGUGGACCAGCGGCUGCACUUUGACCUGGGAACCCUGUACCAGCGCGUCGUGGACUACUUUUUCCCCACCAUCAUGAUGGGUGCCCAUCUGGAUCAAACGAAGAAGGCCAAACUGGCGGAGGCUCUGGGCUGGUUCGAUGCGAUGCUCAAACAGUACCAGUGGGCGGCGGCCAAUCACUUCACGAUAGCGGACGUGGCCCUGUGCGUGACCGUAUCCCAAAUCGAAGCGUUCGAGUUCGACCUGCAUCCGUACCCGCGGGUUCGAGCGUGGCUCACCAAAUGCAAAGAGGAACUGGAACCGCACGGUUACAAGGAAAUUAAUCAAACCGGAGCGGAAACACUAGCCGGACUGUUUCGAGCGAAACUCAAAAUCUCCCUCAUCGUUUUGUUCUCAAACCAGUUAGUAUUGAAGCGAAAGAAAAGUGUUCACACAAUUGUGCAAUUUCUAAUCCAUCCGUGUCUGCAUCCAACAGAAAUGGAUUUCUACUACCUGCCAGGAUCUGCUCCGUGCCGUGCCGUCCAGAUGACCGCGGCCGCCGUUGGCGUCGAGCUGAAUCUCAAGCUCACCAACCUGAUGGCCGGAGAGCACAUGAAGCCGGAGUUCAUCAAGCUCAACCCCCAGCACUGCAUCCCGACCUUGGUCGACAAUGGUUUCUCCCUGUGGGAAUCGCGGGCCAUCAUUGCCUACUUGGCCGAGAAGUACGGCAAGGGCGACAAACUGUACCCGAAGGACGCCCAGAAGCGGGCCGUCGUCAACCAGCGGCUCUACUUCGACCAGGGCACCCUCUACCAGCGCUUCGCCGACUACUUCUACCCGCAGGUCUUCGCCAAGCAGGCUCCCGUUCCGGACAACGAAAAGAAGAUGCUGGAUGCGUUGGAUUUCCUGAACACCUUCCUGAAGGACGCCAAGUAUGUGGCCGGUAAUGAGCUGACCAUUGCCGAUCUAAGCAUUUUGGCCACGGUGUCGUCGUACGACGCCGCCAAGGUUGAUCUGAGCAAGUACCCGAAUGUGGUCAGCUGGUACACACGACUGCGCAAGGAAGCUCCCGGUGCCGAGAUUAACGAAGCCGGCAGCAAGGAGUUUGCCAAGUACUUCGAAAAGUGAUGAGUGUGUUUGUUAUGAUUUGUUAAGUUGAAUAAAUAUCUUUGAUUGGCUACUGAA